CACUGCCAAUCUAUAAUACCUGCAGCCCGUGCCUCUGCAUUGUCGGCUUCAUCAACUUCCAAGACAACACCUGGAAAUCCUUCCCUUUCACUGCAUGCCGCUUGCUUCUCGCUUGUCUCCCUCCCUGGUCACGAGUUGAGGCAGCUCCGGCCAACUCCUGCUGGCCUUUGUCCUUUUCUUGAACCCGUCGCCGCUUGCAAAGAGCGUCCUCGUUCCAACUCUUCUUUACAACCUGCCAACAUGCCGUCGGACACUCCUCGGAGGCCUUCGCGUACGGCUUCCGUUCAGUCCAAUGCAAUGCACUCCAUCACAAACCAUGUUCACUAUCGAGUACUUCAGAUCGCGAACAUGGGCCAGCCCAUUAUCGAAAUCGAGCUCGACGAAUCAACUCCGGGAAAGCACAGCAGCUAUGCCGUGAGUUAUGCUACCAUGGACACCAUUGAGGGCACCGUGAGCAUCACAGCGCAGCAUGACACCAGGUUCGAGGAUAUCGAAAUCUCUUUUGAUGGCGUAGCGCAGGUCUUUGUGGAACGCUUCACGACCAGCCCUAGUAUGUCUGGUAGAACAGAGUCGGCCCAUAGAUUCUUGUCGCUCAAACAACCCAUCGACGAUUCUGACCUUCCGACUCCUCGCAUCCUGUUAGCGGGCAAAAAAUACAAAUUUCCCUUCUUCUUCACCGUGCCUGCCCAACUGCUUCCACGAGCUUGCACCCAUAAAGUUGCAUCUGACCAUGUCCGCCAGUGCCACCUCAUGCUCCCGCCAAGUCUGGGCGAUCCAGAGCUGGCCGGUUUUGGGGGUAUCCUGAGAGACGAUAUGGCGCCUGAAAUGACCAAGGUCAUCUACGCCAUCAAAGUGCGACUGACUCAUCUCUAUGAAGCAGAAGGGAAGACUUCGAUCCUCGCUGAAAAGACCCGAAAGGUUAGGGUCAAGCCAAUCUUCGAAGAGCAACCUCCCAUCAACAUCGAUGGAAUCGCUGAAUACAGGCAACGCCACGAGAAGGGGAUCAAGAAGUCUCUUUUCAAGGGCAAGCUGGGCACACUAACAGUCGAGUCUAUGCAACCAAAACCCCUCGUGAUUCCAGGUGCGCGAAUGGUCAAUCAUGCGCUUCCAUCGACCAAAGCAACAGUCUUCUUGCGUUUCGACCCAGCCGAGCCAACGAACCUUCCUCCGCGUCUCGGUUCACUGAAGACCCAUAUCAAAGUGUCGACAUUCUACGCAGUAUCAGCACGACAGACUAUGCCAAGCCGAUCGGAAAUCAAUUUCGACGUCUCACAGGGCGUAUUCGCCGAAAAUGUCUCCCUCAGCAAUAUGUGUGUAGCUUCCGCUCAAUGGACCAAGCACUCUGCAGCCGAAAGUCCGCCGCCCGUAGACAAUUGCACUCAGCAACGACGCGACUCAGGCAUCUCAGAUACCACGACCCCUCCCGGCCUCGGUCCAAACAACCCUGCCAUCAUAUCUCCUUCCAAGAACUACCAAAACGGCGACUUCUAUACCGCAUCCAUUGUCGUCCCGAUCACGAUGCCCAACAACAAAAAUUUCAUUCCAACCUUUCACACCUGCCUCAUCUCCCGCAUGUACACACUCAUCAUGAGCCUCUCCGUCCACGGACCUGGCGUAAGCGAUCCAACGCUGACCAUGCGAGUUCCGCUGCAAGUCUGCGCGCGAGGUAGCGAAGCUGGGAAUGAGAACGCAAGAGCCCGGCGCGCAGAAGUGGGAGUCCUGGAAGAAGUGGGUCGCUUGUUCACGCCAAGGAACGUCCUGCAACCACCUACUAGCAACGCAGCAGAUGCACCGCCCGAGUACAUGUUGGCUGACGUUCCCGUCACGCCAAGGGCGGGAAGAAACAACGCUAGAGUGACUGUGGUGGGCGGACCAUGA